UUGUAUCCGGCCUGAGCCUCCCCACGUUCUUGUUUUUCUUCUCUUCUCUCUUGCGUUGAAGUAACCAGUUUGUUGUACUUGUAGGCUGAGAUAUCUACGAGUUGCAGUGGUGUCUGAGGGAAAUCAACACACACCUAGUGGACGAGAGAGAAGCUCCUGGCUUUGAACAGACUGCACAGUGACAGUAGUGUUCAUCCCUUGGGUUAGUUCCUCAAGAAUGGAGUGGUGCAAGCCUGAGAAGAGGAGACUGGAUAACAAUGAGGAACCCAGUUUACUUCAAGGUUGCGAGAAACGCAGAGACGCUGGAUUCCGUACGUCAGAAGCCAAUAGCAGCUUUAUGAUGCCAAUGGCAAUGGAUUCAUUGAAUCAGCCUCCGACCUCUCUCGCGCUGUUCAGCUCAAAAGCGGCAGUGAUUCCCGCCACGCAUCAUUUCAGCUCUCCAUUGUUGAAUCAGACCGUUGGUGUCAGCUCUUAUGGCAUGAUGCAGCACCAGGAGCUCCAGCAGCAGGCAAUGACUUCUCAGGCAGCAGGUGAAUCGUUGAACACUGAUUGCAGUAUGGACGUAGUGGAAGCCAGGACAUCAGGGCCUGCGCCUCACAGUCUAAUGUCGUCUUGCAGCAGUUCAUCCAGCACAACACAGUCGCCCAUGCUCAACAGCCCAGCACCCACCGACUUCGGGCAAGGGCCACGCUUUGCUUCUCCAGCAGCUCCAUGUCCACGAUGCCUUGCAGGAGAAGGGGGUCAUUUCAAGCAUGUCAUCAGCGAGAGACACGAACACCACCCAUGGUACUUUUGAGAAUAUCUUGGCUGUCAUUGUUUAAUAUUAGCUCCUUUGUCCCCUUGUCCUAGGUAUGUCUAGAUCUGUGAAAGAGUCCUAGCCUUUCCCUCGCUGUGUAACUAUUCAACUAGUCCAUUUUUAACUUCUGAAUUUUAACCCAUGCACUUUCGGUGUGUGUAAAAGAGAAUAUUCUUGGCGCAUCGGAUUCGUCAGAAAUGUAUCCCCUCGCUUUCUCCCUUUCACCGGCUACGUGUCCAGCGUUUCCGCUGUAACUGCUCGUAUCGAGUCUGCUAUCCAUCUCAUGCCUUACAUUCUCAUCUGAUAUGCGAUCCUGUCACGUCGUGGCUUCUAUCUCUGCCCAGCUAGGGCCGUGUGAAAUGUUCUUGCAUGAACCAUGGAGACUACGUCUCGGCGGAAAACAAUCUCUGCCCUUCCGCUUCACGUUGGUAGGUCGGGCUCCAUCUCAAUCUUGAUUCUUAUCUUGCUUGACUCUUCUGUCCUAAUCUGCACACGCGCAGUAAUUCCUAAUUUUUUCAUCUGACAUGAAACUAACCUAUCUAGGUAUGGUCACAAUGUGCGUGUGUGUCACAUUUUAACAGCUAGUCUAUAGUCUAGUCUUUAACGUUUUAUUCUAGUUCCCACUUCUUUUUCGAUUGAUCUUGCUCACCCAGUAAAGAGCGCAUUGCCUGAUGAAGUGUUGAAGGUGUUGAACACUGAACUUAAA